AUGUCUGAAAAUGAGUUCUUGACAAAUAAACCAAACCUAACACCAAUCAUCUUUGCAGAUCAUAACAAGAAAGAGCCACCGAAGGAAGAGUUCAGCGACUGGCCCCACGGCCUACUCACCAUCGGGACUUUUGGAAACACAGCCCGAACAGACAGCAAGGAAGAAAUCCAAGCAGCAGAGGAGCAAUGCUCAUCUCCUGAUCUCUCAGAAUUCACAGUUGAGGAAGUAGGGAAGCUGCAAAAGGAGCUAAAGAAGCUCCUAACGCGAAAGCCAGCUGCUGAGGAGCAGCCGGCUGAUCUCCCAUUGGACAGAUUCCUCAACUGCCCUUCUAGUUUGGAAGUGGACAGGACUAAUUCAAACAGGUUCAGCACGUACUCAGGCGACAAAGAUGAGGAGGAGAUUGAUCGGACGAUCAGGAUCAUCCUAGGCAGAUGCAAAGAUGUGUGUGAGAAGAAGAAGAAUAAUAAGGCAAUCGGGAAGAAGUCCUUAGCCUUCCUUGUCAAGAAAGUCUUUGCUUGCAGAAGUGGCUUUGCCCCGGCUCCUAGCAUUCGAGACACUCUUCAAGAAUCAAGAAUGGAGAAGCUUAUGAGGGUAAUGCUGACCAAGAAAAUGAACUCUCAAAAACCUUCAAGAAUGGCAUCAAAGAGAUGCAUAGAGGAUUACAGGGCGAAAUCCGAGGCAGACGAAGAUCAAGAAUCGCGCUAUGAGGGUGGAGAGGGAUCAUCUAAAUGGGACAAGACUGAUUCUGAUUUUAUUGUGCUAGAGAUUUAG